GUUGAUUUCACCAGUAUGAUUUCUGAAGAAGAAAAAGAGGAAUUAAAGGCUGAGCUGGCCAAGCUAGAGGAUGAAAUUUCAACUUUGCGGCAAGUACUAGCAGCCAAAGAAAAGCACCUGAUUGAAAUUAAACAAAAGCUUGGCAUGAGCCUGAUGAACGAGCUGAAGCAGAACUUUAGCAAAAGCUGGCAUGAUAUGCAGACAACUUCUGCGUACAAGAAGACACAUGAGACCCUGAGCCACGCAGGACAAAAAGCAACAGCAGCUAUCAGCAAUGUAGGAACUGCUAUCAGCAAGAAGUUCGGAGAUAUGAGAUCACAUUCUAUUAGCUAUUCUAUUCGCCAUUCCAUAAGCAUGCCUGCAAUGAGGAAUUCUCCCACUUUCAAAUCUUUUGAAGAGAAGGUUGAGACCACUGUCACAAGCCUUAAGACCAAGGUUGGUGGAACAAGCCACACUGGGGGCAGUUUUGAAGAAGUUCUCAGCUCCACAGCCAAUGCCACCGCUCAGAGCCCUCUGGCUGGCACCCGACUUCCUGAGAGUGAAGAAGAGCUUCAAUGCUAG